CUCUCUCUCUCUUUCACUUUCAGUCACAGACACUUCAAUAUCAAAAUCCCCUGUUUCUUGUUUUUCUCAGUAAAUAUUUCAUAAACAAAAUAAACAAACCUCAAAUUGUGCACCUUAGAAGUUAAUACUCUAAGUCUGAAUGCAUGUUUUGAUUCAUACAAAUAUGGUGCACAGAAGACGAGAAGUAAAACUGAUUGAUGCUUUGUCCUCUCCAACCUUCUUCCUCAUCAUCAUCUUUUUGCUAUGUUCAUCUUAUGCAGAGCUCACAGACAAAGGUGUUAACUUUGAAGUUCUUGCUCUUAUAGGAAUCAAGAGCUCACUGAUUGAUCCUCAUGGAGUCCUAAUGAAUUGGGAUGACACAGCAGUUGAUCCUUGUAGCUGGAACAUGAUCACUUGCUCACCUGAUGGUUUUGUCCUAAGCCUAGGAGCUCCAAGCCAGAGCUUGUCAGGAACUCUUGCAUCCAGUAUUGGCAAUUUAACAUACCUUCAGACUGUGCUAUUGCAGAACAAUUACAUAACAGGACAUAUUCCUCCUGAGAUUGGGAAAUUGAUGAAACUCAAAACACUUGAUCUCUCUACCAAUAAAUUUAGCGGCCAAAUUCCAUUCACUCUUUCUCAUUCCACAAAUCUUCAGUACUUGAGGGUUAAUAAUAACAGCCUGACAGGAACAAUUCCUAGCACAUUGGCAAACAUGACCCAACUCACUUUUUUGGAUUUGUCGUACAAUAACUUAAGUGGACCAGUUCCAAGAUCACUUGCCAAAACAUUCAAUGUUAUGGGCAAUCCUCAGAUUUGUCCAACUGGAACUGAGAAAGACUGCAAUGGGACUCAACCUAAGCCAAUGUCAAUUAGCUUGAACAGUUCACAAAAUGAAGUAUCUGAUGGAGGAAGAAAAAACCGGAAAAUCGCGAUAGCCUUGGGUUUAAGCCUUACAUGUGUUUGCUUGUUGAUCAUUGGCUUUGGUUUUCUUCUUUGGUGGAAAAGAAGACAUAACCAACAAGUAUUCUUUGACAUUAAUGACCAAAGCAAAGGAGAAGUAUGUCUAGGGAAUCUAAGGAGGUUUAGUUUCAAAGAACUUCAAGCCGCAACAAGUAACUUCAGCAGCAAGAAUCUAGUAGGAAAAGGAGGGUUUGGGAAUGUGUAUAAAGGUUGUCUACAUGAUGGAACCAUUGUGGCGGUGAAGAGAUUAAAAGAUGUAAACAAUGGCGGCGGAGAGACUCAGUUUCAGACUGAAGUUGAGAUGAUAAGCCUCGCCGUUCACCGUAAUCUCCUCCGCCUCUACGGCUUCUGCACCACUUCCAUGGAACGUCUUCUUGUUUAUCCUUACAUGUCCAAUGGCAGUGUCGCUUCUCGUCUCAAAGCUAAACCGGUAUUGGAGUGGGGCACAAGAAAGCGAAUAGCAUUAGGAGCAGGAAGAGGGUUACUGUAUUUGCACGAGCAGUGUGAUCCAAAGAUUAUUCACCGUGACGUCAAAGCUGCAAACAUACUUCUCGAUGAAUUUUUCGAAGCGGUGGUCGGAGAUUUCGGUUUGGCUAAGCUUUUGGAUCACGAGGAGUCUCACGUGACAACCGCCGUGAGAGGAACGGUAGGUCACAUCGCACCUGAGUAUCUCUCGACCGGACAGUCUUCUGAGAAGACAGAUGUGUUUGGCUUUGGUAUUCUUUUACUUGAAUUGAUCACUGGAUUGAGAGCUCUUGAGUUUGGAAAGGCAGCGAACCAAAGAGGAGCGAUUCUUGAUUGGGUGAAGAAACUACAACAAGAGAAGAAGCUAGAACAGAUAAUAGACAAGGAUUUGAAGAUGCAUUACGAUAGAAUCGAAGUGGAAGAGAUGGUUCAAGUGGCUUUGCUUUGUACACAGUACCUUCCGAUUCAUCGUCCUAAGAUGUCUGAAGUUGUGAGAAUGCUUGAAGGCGAUGGUCUCGUUGAGAAAUGGGAAGCUUCUUCACAGAGAACAGAAACCAACAGAAGUUACAGUAAACCUAACGAGUUCUCUUCUUCUGAACGUUAUUCGGAUCUCACAGACGAUUCAUCGGUGUUGGUCCAAGCCAUGGAGUUGUCAGGUCCAAGAUGACAAGAUAGAGAAUUAUCGGAUCUUGGUUCUUGUCAUAAACAUAUAUAAACUUGUUAUUUAUUUGUAUUCUACUAUCUUGUAUAUAGGUUUUUGGUGUCAUAAGGACUCGUAUAUUUUAGUGUGGAGACAAAUUUUUAUCUUGCUGAAAAUUAAUGUCUAAAAUAUAAAACUAAGAUCAAUGU